AUGGCAGCAGCAUAUGGAAGCAGCAGGCAGCAGCAGCUGCGUCGUUGUGUGGCGCUGUGUCGUCUCCUCCUCGUGGCUGUCCUAGUGAUUGGUGAUGCCGUAGCUGAUGCUAGAGGGUCGCUGCGGACUGGCGAAGUAGCCCUUCAGAGUCAGACAGGGCAGCUGCAGGGAUUUAGGAAAUGGAGUGAGGCACCGCCGACGACGGCUGCCGCAGCUGGUGGUUGGCCGGCGUUGAACAAGGAGCAGGAGACUGCCGCCGGCGGGAGGAGGAUGCUGGUCGGAUCCAGGGCUCCGACGUGCACCUACAACGAGUGCCGAGGCUGCCGGCACAGGUGCAGCGUCCAGGAGGUGCCCAUCGACCCCAGCGACCCCAUCAACAGCGCUUACCACUACAGAUGCAUCUGCCAUCUAUAG